AUGGAACUCCACCACCGUGGAAAGAUUGCGAGGAAGGCGUUUGACGAGCUCUUUCUCUCCUUCCACCAUGGCCACGACCGCCAUGUCGUCUCCUCCUACGACAAUGCCAGCGUGGAUGGGUUGUUCUCGUGCCAUACGUUGGGCCCAGGAAGUUUGGAGUGUGCUGAUGGCAGCAGAAGCAGCAUCAACAAGUGGACCAAAAUUACGAGCACAAACUCGUGGAGAUGGUGCCUAGGGUUGAUUUACAUCGUUGCUGUUGCCGGUAUAUGGAUUGCCGCUAGCUACAUUGUGCAGUCUGUUGUGGAUGCCGGCGUCUCUCCGUUCUUGAUCACCUACAUAUGCAAUUCUCUGUUUGUCGUCUACAUUCCCAUAGUUGAGGCUGCCCGGUACUUUGAGGAUUCUGUCGGCAACUUUUGGACAAAGUUGAAAUUCAAGGAUGCUGAAAGCCUGCAGCAGGCAUCUGACCUGGAGAGUGUGAAUCUUCUCCAAAGUGGGGGGCAUGAGAUCAAUGUUGCCUCGGAUCAAUCACAAACAAGGCCGUCUGAAGACACUUCAGUUCCAGAUACAAGCUUCCCUGCCAGCAAAGGGUUGGAUGCAAAAGGGCGCUGGACGCGUGCUCGUGUGGCCAAAGUGAGCAUGCUAAUCAGCCCCUUUUGGUUCCUUGCACAGCUUACAUUCAAUCUGUCUCUAAGAUACACCACUGUUACGUCAAACACGAUCUUGAGUAGCACGUCUAGCCUCUUCACUUUCUUGGUUGCAUUAGUUUUCCUUGGAGAGACAUUCACAUGGUUGAAGCUAAUUAGUGUGCUUCUCUGCAUGGGAGGUUUGAUAGACAAUGUUUUGAGUGACUACUUGUGGGGUAAAGCGAUCCUUCUCACAACAACUACGGUCGCUACAGCUGGCCUCACAAUCCAAGUUCCAAUUGCUGCCAUUGUGGACACGCUCACCGGUCAUGCUCCUCAUCUACUGGACUAUAUUGGAGCUGCUGCCGUCCUAGUCGGUUUUGCUGGGAUCAACAUACCAGUCGGAGAGUCUCCACAGGUUGUUCAGCAAGAGCAGGAAACUCCAAUUGUUAGCAUGGUUGAUGACCGGUUCAUUUGCCCAGCAGUACCAAUGGCAAUGGUAACUUGA